AUGGGCUCGGACGGUCAGGUCGGCAAGAGAGGCCGCAAACGACCUCGGGCUAGCCGUGAAGGUGAUGGCGGUCGGGAGGAGGAAGAGCGCAAGGAACAGGAGCAGCGCAAGCUCAAGCUGGAGCGACUGAUCACCGCACUCGAAGAUUCACUCCUCUGCGGCGUGUGCCAAGGCAGCUACAUUGACGCAGUGUCGCUCAUGCCAUGUCUGCACACCUUCUGCGGCGCUUGUCUCAAGCCAUGGCUGCUCGGACAUGCUACCUGUCCUCAAUGCCGCAUCGAUGUCUCCCAUGCCACCGAGUCUCGCAUGGCAGACCAGCUCACCGAGGCACUCAUCGAGUAUGAUCCUACCAAAGCUCGCCCGACCGGCGAGCGAGAUCAAGCCAAAGCCAUCUACAAGCGUGGCGAACGAAUCUUUGCCACGAUGGCGCGAGAUGAAGACGAUGAGUCAGACAUGGAUGAAGACCUCGUCUUCCCUUGCCCUUGCUGUGCUCCGGGCAAUACGAAUCGCUCAGGCUACACCUGUGCACGACCGAUUCCCAAUCCUCGCCAGCUCCUGCCCUAUCAGCGUCGCUAUUAUCAUGGCGAUCCCAUUCCGGAUCAUCUCACCUGCUGCGGAGAUCAUUUUCCUGAUCGUGACGACCAGGAAACGAAUGACCGUUGGCGUUGCACCAUCUGCAAGGAGACCUGGUGUGGCGCAUACCAAGACUGUCCCGCUGCUUACGAGCAACCACGUCGUCUCGAUGACAUGACAGCUGAUCCACUGCCUUCCUCCUAUGGCGUACCAGAGUUCACGCCCGCUUCCACGCGCAUUCUCAAUCCUUAUGAGGCCAGUCUACUUCGCAACUAUUGCGCCGAACAAUUUGCCGGCUCGCGCGACUUGUACACGCCCCUCUUGUACAAGAUCCUCAACGUGCACCGAGAUCGCGGAAAGGAAGGUCUCGGCCUCAGUGACGCUCUGCAGCGUGAUUACAAUCUCCCGCCCAUCAUGACGGUCGACAAAGUCGUCUGCGAACCUUGCCGUCGCAUCUUGCUGGACGACUGUCUCUUCGACUGGUGGAUCGUCGAACGUAUCCGCUUUCUUCCUGCCGGCGAGCUAGCUCGACCUGAUUGCACAGAGGGUCGCUUCUGCACGCGUCAGUGGGUCAACUAUGGCGAGGACACCACGGCCAGGGACGCUCACAAUCGAGAGUUCAAUCACAUCUGGCGAGAGACACCAGCGAGCGAGGUUGCCAAUGCUGCAUCUGGUUCGAAGAAUGCCAAUGACUUCACCUCGACCGCAACAGGCCCGUCUACGAUUCCCGAACCCUCAUCAGAACCCAGCGCUCAUGCCUCAACCGAGGCAGAGACGACGAAGCCCGCUGCCGACACCGAGACAAUUGCGACUCGAUCCGCUCGCUCAUCGCUCGACGCUCAGCCGAGAUCACGCCGAUUGACACGCAGCAAUGCGUUCGUUGUCUCACCUUCGCCAGAGCCCUGA